AUACUGUUUCAUGGACUAGUAGUGAUGUGGCGUCCACUGGCACCGGAGGGCUUUUGGUAUGAAGCAAUGCUCCCGUUGUUGACGAUUGCUGUCAAUACGAACAAGGUGGGGUACAUACCGAGUGGUUGACGUCAGAUCACACAUGGUUGAUGAGUAGUUGGGUUUGCCGGGAUCGGCAAUAGUCACCGGGCGCAGAUCCAGAACGCGGUUCCAGCGACUCGUCGCCCACGGGCGUACCCCGCCAGCCACCUUCGUCGACACUGACGUCAUGCACUCCAAAACGCCGUCCACUGGUUGCGAAGAUCAAUAUGGCUGGAGAUUGUACUUGUCAAGCAAACUGCGGUGCAUGUGGGCCGACGGGAACUGGAUGCGCUUGUCCCAAGAAUAAGUGUGACUGUUCGAACUGCGUUAACAAGGCACACACACAAAAGUGUGAGUGCGGAGGGUCCGCUACUUACUGCGUAUGCACGCGGGAGGGAAAAGUAUGUGAAUGUAAGUGAGGUGGGAAAGGUGAUGAUGCUGCAUUGCUAAGCACCGGGGUAAAACAUG